AUGGCCAAACGGCCGGGGACCGACGAGGGAAUGUUAUUCACGCCAACACUUCAAGACUUCAGCAAUGAAACGAAUUCUGAAGACGCCAACAUGGACUGCACGGAUGGAGAGGAUGAAUUAUCACUGGAAGAGAUUUUAACAUUGUAUAAUCAGCCUAUUAACGAAGAGCAAGCAUGGGCAGUUUGUUAUCAGUGUUGUCAAUGUUUUUCGCAAAAACUCCGGAGAAAAAAUUCGAAGUCUGCCGAAACACCAGUUGUGGAUCAAGCAAGACUAAUUGAGGGACCAGGCGAGGUGAGAAUUCGUAAAGAUGGGACGAUAAAAUUGCGCCAGGAAAUCAUUCCAGAUAAAAACAAAUCACAUAGUUCAUCAGAGAUAAUUGAGUCUCUGGGCAUUAUGAUCUAUAAGGCCCUGGAUUAUGGCCUGAAGGAGAAUGAGGAACGGGAGCUGAGCCCACCACUGGAGCAGCUCAUCGACCUCAUGACCAACAUGACAGAGACGGACGACCCCUGCCCCGAUGAAGGCUAUGAGGCCACGGAGGAGGAGGAUGAGGGAGAGGAAGAAAAUGUCGGUGCCUCUCAUGCCCGGGGUUACCAAACUAUCCUGACGCUCUGCACAUCCCAUCUGCCCAGCCCGUCAGAUGCUCCCGACCACUAUCAGGCUGUGUGUCGGGCCCUCUACGCCGAAACCAAGGAGCUUCGCACCUUCCUGGAGAAGAUCAAGAAUGCCAAAGAGAAUCUGCGGAGGAUGGAAGGAGAUACUCCAGAGGAGCCUGUCAGAGACUUGAAUGAGCUGCAGAAUGCAGACUGGGCGAGGUUCUGGGUGCAGGUGAUGAGAGACCUGAGGAACGGUGUAAAACUGAAGAAAGUACAGGAGCGUCAGUAUAACCCCCUGCCCAUUGAAUAUCAGCUCACGCCUUACGAGAUGCUAAUGGAUGACAUCCGUUCCAAACGCUACAAACUACGAAAGGUCAUGGUGAAUGGUGACAUUCCGCCCAGGUUAAAGAAGAGUGCUCACGAGGUCAUUCUGGAAUUCAUCAGAUCCAGACCUCCUCUCAAACCUGUCUCCGCACGUAAGCUGAAGCCCCACCCUCCGCGACCCCCCAGUCUCCAUGAGAGAAUCCUAGAAGAGAUCAAGGCGGAAAGAAAACUCAGACCUGUGUCACCAGACAUGAUCCGCAGGAACCGGCUUGUAGUGAGACCGCUUAGCAUGUCUUUCAGUUUUGACGCAUCAGGCCUGUCUACCCCUGAUGCGCCGAGGAAACUGGCCACCAGUACACUGGCCCUGGCCAAUGGCACGCCGCCGGCCCAGAGCCCUGUGAACGGAGUGGGCGCAGCUCAGCCUCUGUCACAGAGGAAGAGACUAUUGAAGGCUCCCACACUGGCUGAACUGGACAGCUCUGACUCUGAUGAUGAGCCAACUCACAGGUCAGCCAGCAGCUCCAGUAUGUCAGCCUCAAUGAUGGAUGACACAUCACCAGAGUCUGUCAUAGGAAGAAAGACUCCUCCAAGGUUCCUGCCCAUAUCCUCCACUCCUCAGCCUGACAAACGGGUGGCUCCUCACAGGAGACACUCUAUAGAGAAGGAGGCUCCUACGAGUGUGCGACCAUUCAUGCCUCCCUCUCGCCAGAGCUCCAAAUCACUGGAGGAAUUCUGUUACCCAGUGGAGUGUCUGGCCCUGACCGUGGAAGAGGUGAUGCACAUCAGACAGGUGCUCGUCAAAGCCGAACUGGAGAAAUUCCAGCAGUACAAGGACGUGUACAAUGCCCUGAAGAAAGGAAAGCUCUGCUUCUCCUGUCGGACAAAGAGGUUCUCCAUCUUUACCUGGUCCUACACGUGCCAGUUCUGUAAAAGGCCGGUGUGUUCACAGUGCUGUAAGAAGAUGAGACUACCCUCCAAACCUCUUGCCAAUCUACCUGUUUACUCUCUGGGCUCCACUGGCCUGCCCAGGGACGAGGGCGAGGCCCCGGCUCAGCCAGAGAAGGCUUCUUCCGGCAGCUUCCAUCGCCGACACAGCCUGCGCAGGUAGUUAACUAAGCACGGAGACCGCUCAUCCUCCAAAGACGAGGUCGAGCUUCCUAAAGAGCUGACCGAGGACUGGAGCACCAUGGAGGUGUGCGUGGACUGCAAGAAAUUCAUCAACGAUAUCAUCUGCUCAAGCAAACGCAGCCUGGCUACCAAGCGUGCCCGCCUGAAACGCAAGACGCAGUCUUUUUACCUGUCCUCCCCCAACGCCGCCGACUACCGGCCCUCCGAACGGACUAUCAGUGAGGUUUAG